CGCCUCCGACCGCCGUCCUCUCCCCAAGAUGUGGCACAACGUCGGGCUGACCCUGCUGGUGUUCGUGGUCACGCUGCUGAUCGUCCUGCUGCUGAUGGUGUGCGGUUGGUAUUUUGUAUGGCAUCUUUUUCUAUCGAAAUUCAAGUUUCUGCGGGAACUGGUGGGAGACACAGGAUCUCAGGAGGGAGAUCAUGAGCCAUCAGGCUCUGAAACAGAAGAAGACACUUCGUCAUCCUCACACAGGAUCAGAUCUGCUCGCCAAAGGAGGGCACCUGCUGAUGAAGGCCACUGACCCCCAGCCCUCGUCUUGUAC